CUUUAAGGUUCCAUCGUUGAGGGAGCACUGAAUGCUAAGAAGAAAAGUCGCACGCAGUCGACAGUGUAUACGAAGGAUGAGCCAGUCGCUCACUGGGUGAAAACAUACCAGUAUUCCUCACCAAGCUACCUCAUCCGGGAUCCCGCCGACAUCGACGCCAUCUGCAACAAGGUGAGCUACCCACUCAUGCUGAAAUUGGAACACGGAAACAGCGCCAUUGGAGCGACGCUCGUCGUGAGCGCCGAGGAACUCCGGACGAAGCACAGCGCCACCACCGACUGCUUCCGUAAGGAGGAGGACCAACAAUUUGUAGGCCUUGGGCAUGGGACUGAAACACUCGUCAUGGAGUACCACGGGGGCUCAGAGCAUGACGUAGACGUCGUAAUGUAUGAACGCAAGCUCGUUGGAGCGUUCAUUUCCGACAACGGACCAACUAACUUCCCCUUAUUUACGGAAACUGCUGCCACUAUGCCGUCCGUGCUGCCGCCGGAUCGCCAGGCACAGCUUAUUGUGGCCGCCUAUAAGUGCUGCGUUGACAUCGGCCUCUCUGACGGCGUCUUCAACGUUGAAAUGAAGAUGACGGCCCGUGGACCAAAACUCAUCGAGAUAAACGGCCGAAUGGGUGGUGUCUAUCUCCGCAAGUGGAUCCGGCGCCUGCACGGUGUCGACCUCGCGAUGUGCGCAUUCAUGAUUUCCUGCGACAUGAAACCUUUCGUGCCAAAGUUCCAGCCCGUCGAACGCCUCAUGGGCGUAAUGGUACUUCCGUCACUUCACAGCCAUCUUGUGAAAGACAACCACUUCCGGGAACGCAUUCAGUGCCUUAAAGAUAACGGCGAUGUAAUUUUCCAAACUUUCAAUGACCAGAUCAAGCUGGAGCAAUACGAGACGCCAUACGGGAGCUUUGGCGUCUCUGGUACCGACGUCGACGUCUGUCGCGAAAAGCUGUUGGCUCUAUGCGAAGAGUUGGGGAUCGAGAGCGAAAAAUACAAGGUCUCAAACUUUGCUCGCUAUUUCCGGUAUUAACCGAAAUUGAGCUUGAAUUAAAUAGGUUUUAUCGUGGGAUUAUGUUUUGAUGUUUAUACAAUACCUCGAUGAAAGCAGCGGUGUUCUGUGGAAUUGUAUUGCAGGCAUCGUUGACAUUUAAUUUCAGCAGGGUACAUAUCUCCUUUGCUCAUACACCAUAGUAAUUAUGUAUCUUAGUUGUAUAACAUACGAAGUGUUAAAAGCACAAUUUUAUGAAAUAUCUGUAUUGGGUUCGUAAUCAAUCAGUAUAUGUAAGGGGACUAAGAAAUAUAUUUUUGGAUGUUAUAAAUGCGAGUUUGUUCAUUCAUUACAUGUUCAUUUAGUUCGGAUUCUGGUAGUACUCUAAGUAAUAAAAGUCGUUAAUAUCAUACUCAUUCAUCCUUAAAACCUGACGUCAUGCAUUUGAGUAAAGUGUCCUCUCCGAUUAGCCUGUGCAGGAAGCAGGCUAAUCAGGAACGACACUUCGCCUAAACUAGAGUUUCAUUUUGAAGAGACUUCGAAUCACUGAAAAAGUCCAUAAAGCGGACCACAUUGGCGAGUGUCAGACGACACUUAGCGCAGAUGCAUGAAACCCCAUAGGCAAGCCUCAGAAGACAAUUAAAGCAGAUGCAUGAAGCGGAUCCCAUAGGCAAGUAUCAUACGACACUUAGCGCAGAUCCAUAAAGCGGACCCAAUAGGCAAGUCCCAGACAACACUUACCGCAGAUGCAUAAAGCGGACCCCAAAGGCAAGCAUCAGACGACACUUAGCGCAGAUGCAUAUAGCGGACCCCAGAGGAAAGUCUCAGACGAUAUUUAGCGCAGAUGCAUAAAGCGGACCCCAUAGGCAAGUCUCAGAGGACACAUAGCGCAGAUGCAUGAAGCCCAGUUUCACCAGAACGAGCGGUGACAUUUUCUCUGACAAAAAAUGUAAAUGUCUCAUUGUCAAAUGUAUCUUUCCAUUUCCUUCCAUAACCGAUGUGUGUGCAUUACUUAUUCAUUUUCCUAGUUUGCUGUCUCUACUACUGUUAAUUUCCUACUUUAAAGGGACUUUGCAGGUUUUCAUACUUUUGCAAAAUUCAAUUAAAUAUGUUUACUAACAAAUCUAUAAUGUAUUUAAUAAUCUAAUUUAUACAAGCAAGAAAUAAAAGUUGAAUAACAAAUAUUGCAAUCACCGGGAUUUGUACUCGGGUAUUCUUGGAAGCAACGCCAACGCAUUAAUGAACUAGUACUUUAGUAAUCAAAGUCGAUGCAUCAUUUCGCUUGGCUUAAACAUAACCUUUUAUUAAAUAUAUAACAAUUUUUUCAAAGUGUCAUUUUAUCAAACUGUGAAAAGGUCCCGUUAUGAUACAGCUUUUUAAUAUCCCAUAUCUACAAUUCAUGUCAUAUAUAACUAUUAUGAAUAUAUAUUUAAAUACUACGCUACGCAAUACAAGGUUAAGGAUUGGUAUUCUUAUAUUCAUCGUGUAUCCAUAUGUGCCCCUUACAACUCCUUUAUGUACUUAAUAGUAUAACUUACUUGUUAAAAUACAUGUACAUUUAUACGUUUGUAGCAAACUAUAUUUCCUAUGUGUGAUUAUUUAUGUAUCGACGUUUGUAUAUUGUUCGCAAAUGUCCAAUACAUGACCUGAUAAAGACAUCAUUUGACAAACCAUUUAAAUAGGUGCAUUCAUUGUAAUUAUCUCAGGAUU